AUGGGAAAGACGGUCGUCAUCCUUGGUGCUGGCUGGGCAGGCCUCCCUCUCGCACACAAACUCCUCAAGUACACCCUCCCAAAGGUCAAAGACUUGAAAGUGAUCCUCGUCUCACCGAACACACACUUCUACUGGAAUCUUGCUGCUGUUCGUGGGGUCAUACCUGGAACGUUCACCGACAAUGAGCUAUUCCUCCCUAUCCAGCCAGGCUUCGCGAGAUACCCUGAGGCGAGCUUCCAGUUCCUCUUGGGUAAAGCCUCCAAAAUCGAUCCGGACAGCAGCACAAUGGAGAUAACCCAGAAUGAUGGCAACAAAAGCUCUCUUUCUUAUGAUCAACUAGUCAUUGCCACCGGCUCCCAGAUCCUCAAUGAAAUGCCAUUCAAACCCGUUGGCACCCACGAAGAGACGCUCAAUGCUCUGCACUCACUUCAGCAGCAGAUCAAGGCAGCAACAUCAAUCGUGAUUGCUGGAGCAGGGCCAACUGGCGUGGAAACUGCUGGAGAAAUUGCAGCACAUUAUGGAGCUGAGAAGGAAAUCACGCUCGUCGUCGGUGGAGAGCACGUUCUGGGGUCAUCGACUGUUCAACCGAGCGUCAGGCAAAUUGUUGAGAAGGACUUGCGGAAACUCGGCGUAAAAUUAAUACACAACGCAAAAGUCGACAUUUCAAAGGCGAGCAACAUCGGAGAUGGCGAUGCCGCUGCACAAACCACCAUCAAGCUUUCAAAUGCCACCACCCUCAUCGCAGAUUUGUACCUACCCCUCUUCGGCAUCAAAUUGAAUACGACUUUCGUUCCUGCGAACCUCCUUGACUCUACCGGAAGCAUCAUUCUGGACAAAACCAUGCGAGUGACAGGGACAAAGAACAUCUGGGGCACCGGAGAUGUGGGAAAUCUUGAGCCGAAGCAAGUCACAGUCAUCGACGCAAUGAUCGUUCAUCUGUUCUCUGCUCUGGAUGCCGUUUUGACGGGAAAGGGAGAAGUAAAGGAAUACAAGCUUGGAAAGCCGAUGAUUUUCAUCACGAUGGGCAAAAAGUAUGCUACUGGACAGAUCGGAGGCUGGAAGCUCUGGGGAUUGCUUGUGGCUUAUGUUAAGGGGAGAAAUAUUUUUGUGGAUACAGCAAAAGAGUAUGUGGAAGGGAGGGCCCUGAGACAUGCGGCAAUGUAG